GUACCCAUGAAAGUUCACGUGCUCACAACAAAUCUUUGCUGGGGAGUAAACCAUGACGGAAAAUAUUGACUCGAAAGUUCCAGAAAAUGAACAAAUUUCUGCUGAUUCGCAAGAAGAUAAAAUGACAGCUAAUCCUAGAGUAUACUUUGAUAUAACUAUUGGUGGGAAACCGUCUGGUCGAAUUUAUUUUGAGCUCUUUGCUGAUGUCGUUCCAAAAACUGCUGAGAACUUCAGGGCUCUCUGUACCGGUGAAAAGGGAACUGGACAAAGUGGGAAGCCACUACACUAUAAAGGAAGUAUAUUCCAUAGAAUUAUAAAGAAAUUUAUGUGCCAGGGGGGUGAUUUCACUAACCACAAUGGAACAGGAGGGGAGAGUAUCUAUGGAGAGAAAUUUGAAGAUGAGAAUUUUAUACUAAAGCAUGAGGAGUCAGGUCUACUGAGCAUGGCUAAUGCUGGACCCAACACUAACGGAUCUCAGUUCUUCAUUACUACGGCCAAGACAGCGCACCUUGACGGUAAACAUGUUGUGUUUGGAAAGGUGUUCAGGGGUAUGAAUGUGGUCAAAUUACUUGAAAGUGUUGAAAAGGAAGGAGAAAAGCCAAUAAAGGAGUGUAAAGUUGAAGAUUGUGGUGAAGUUGCAGCGGAUGAGGUCAUACCGGCCAUUGAAAAUGAUGGCACCGGAGACAUCUAUCCCGAAUGCCCAGACGAAGCAGGACUCGACUCUGGAAAUGUAAAUUAUAAAGCCAUUGGAAACGAGCAAUUUAAGGCAAAAAACUUUCAAAUGGCUGAGACAAAGUACAAAAAAGCAGUCGGAUAUCUGGAUCUGACAGGUGAUGGCGAUUCCUCUGAUUCUGAUAUAGAAUUGAAUGAGAACUUGACGAAGGAGGAUCGUGAGAAGCUUCACCAAGCAUACCUACCACUCCACCUCAAUUUGGCUGCUUGCUAUUUAAGCCAAGGCCAAUACCGUGAGGCCAAAGAGGAAUGUGAAAAGGCAUUAUAUAUUGAGUCUAGCAAUGCGAAAGCAUUAUUUAGGAGAGGAAAGGCUUAUCAGGGAGUAAAGGAAUAUGAUGAUGCAUUGAAAGACUUCAAUGCUGCCCUCAAACUACAGCCUUCAGAUAAAGGUAUACAUAGAGAGUUAGAGAAGACUAAGUCACUGAUAAAGGCUGAGAGGGAAAAGGAGAAGAAAGCUUAUUCAAAAAUGUUUGCUUCAUGAUGGCACAGUUCCUAAAAAAUGUCCUCAAAUUGACUUUUCGGACAAAAUAUUUGCAACAUGUUUUAUGACGGACCAAAAAUCAUUGGUGUCCAGGAAUGGAGCACGUCUCUCUAAUCCACUGGAUGAUUUUUAGGAUGCCUGUGAGGUUUGGGCUAACAGCCCUCUAGUUAGGAUUUUCUAAAGAAAUUGUAAAAAUCUUCACAUUUAAAUCAAUUUUUAUGUUCGAAAAUGUUCGUCAGAUUCAGACAAAAUCAACUAAGCUGCAGCCAUUGCCAAACUAAGUGUGUGUCGAAGGUUAAAGGGCAACUAAACAGCUUCGUGCAACAGCCCAACAGGAUUUAUUCUCACAUUGUGUUCAUAUAUAAAAUCACUUAUUUCGAAACAAAACAAAGGAAAACAUGCAAAACCUAGGUUGUGACCUUUAUAAAGGAACACGCAAGGUAAACAGACAAAAAACAGUUACAGAAGCAAGUGACAAGAAAACAGGAGUCUUAUAAAAUAUAGUUAAAUGUAGGUGCAAUGAGACUGCAUGAGUCUGCAUGAGGGACAACUACAUUAUAGAUUAUGAAACAUAUUUAAUAUUCUCACAACGGCUUAAGACAGUUUUCCAACGAUUAAUUGCAACGAGCUGCAUGUACAAUGCUGUCUGACUUGGCCCUAAUCAAUGUCGUUACAAUUUGAAAUUUAAAUUAGUGAAAUUGAUUGGUUUAAUUUUGAGUGAUUUGUUUUGUACUUGGGACCUAAAAUGUACAGAAUGCUUGUCGACUUCACAUUAUAAUGAUAUAGUUGUCUGGAUGCACCCACCAUGUUAAAUGUAAUUGUUCAUUUUGUAAUAUGUUUUCAUCUGAUUGAUGAAAAUUGAUGUUAAUUGCGAGGUUACUGCAAAUUAAAUAUGUGGAAGUUGUGGCAAUA